AUGAACAUGGAUGCAGCGCUGCUUCAGCAGACUCUGGCACAGGCGCAGGUGACUCUGGCUUCCACCCUGGCAAACGCCGAAGAGACAGACUACUCCGACAAGUACUGCGAUGACAUCUACGAGUACAGGCGGGUCACUGUUCCCCGGCACCUGGUGCCGAGCCUUCCUGGCAUCAACCAGGGGCGCACCAUGGAGGAAUGGGAGUGGCGUCAGUGCGGCAUCACCAUGUCGCGCGGCUGGGAGCAUUACGACCACCACUCGCCAGAGGCGAACGUGCUGCUGUUCCGCCGAGUGCUCGGCACAGAUCCCAAGACUGGGCAGCCAGUGCCUCAGCAAUGUGGUUUCGGCAGUCCUUCAACGCAUCUUCCAUCGUCUUCCACGGUUCAUUGCGUCUCAAACGGGAAAGUAUGCGUUGUCCCUCCCUCUCUCUCUCUCUCUAACUUUGCCGCCCAUCUGACCGAACCAGCAUUGCGCAGGAUUCCACCACAGAUGCAGAUCAAGGCCCGCGCCUCGAGGUUCAACCGCGGCGAACACUGGGGUACUGUGUCGUUUCAGGGUUGCUCCCAAAGGAUUCCCCAAGAUGGCAGACAUCUUUCUUCGGGGCAUGCUGACUUCAGAAUGCUGAAGACUUUUCGAUGCGUCGUCGUGAGUCGUGAGAACUCAGGUUCGAUCAGAAGGUUCAGAGUCUAUGGGCAGUGCUGUUCAGUGUUGCAUCCGCACGAUGCUCCAGCCUCCAUCAGAUCACCGUUUGACGGAAGAAACUGA